CGGAGCCGUUUAAAGAUGGCAGAACGACAGCAGAAACACGAAGGAUGCCGAGUGAAGAUCGGGCAUUAUCUUCUCGGAGACACUCUGGGUGUCGGCACCUUCGGCAAAGUAAAGAUUGGAGAGCACCAGUUGACAGGUCAUAAGGUGGCAGUGAAGAUCCUGAACAGACAGAAAAUCAGGAGUCUGGACGUGGUGGGCAAGAUCAAACGAGAGAUACAGAACCUCAAACUAUUCAGACACCCUCAUAUCAUCAAACUGUACCAGGUGAUCAGUACUCCUACAGAUUUCUUCAUGGUGAUGGAGUAUGUCUCAGGAGGAGAGCUGUUUGACUACAUCUGCAAACACGGACGGGUGAUAUAUCAAAUUGUAUUGGUCACAUCCACCAAAUUUGUAGAAGACAAAGAGGCUCGUCGGUUGUUCCAACAGAUCAUCUCAGGGGUAGACUACUGCCACAGACACAUGGUGGUGCACAGAGACCUCAAACCUGAGAAUGUUCUGCUGGACCAUUCCAAGAACGCCAAGAUAGCUGACUUUGGGUUGUCAAACAUGAUGUCAGACGGGGAGUUCCUGAGGACCAGCUGUGGAUCUCCCAACUACGCUGCUCCUGAAGUCAUCUCUGGAAGGUUAUAUGCUGGCCCUGAGGUGGAUAUAUGGAGCUGUGGUGUGAUCCUGUAUGCGUUGCUGUGUGGGACUCUGCCCUUUGAUGACGAACAUGUUCCCACGCUGUUUAAGAAGAUCAGAGGGGGCGUGUUCUAUAUGCCAGAAUACCUCACUCGCCCCGUCGCCUCCCUGCUGCUGCUCAUGCUGCAGGUCGACCCAUUGAAGAGAGCCACCAUUAAAGACAUUAGGGAACAUGAGUGGUUUAAGCAGGACCUGCCAGGCUACCUGUUUCCUGAGGACCUGUCUUAUGACUCCACGGUUCUGGACGAGGAGGCCUUCAGGGAGGUGUGCGACAAGUUUGAGAGCACCGAGUCUGAGGUGAUGUCCAGCCUGUACAGCGGACACCCCCAGGACCAGCUGGCGGUAGCAUACCAUCUGAUUAUAGACAACCGGCGCAUCAUGACCCAGGCCAGUGAGUUCUACCUGGCCUCCAGCCCUCCCCAGGGCUCCUUCAUGGAGGAUGGCAUGCCCCUGCCUCCCGGGGUCAAACCACACCCAGAGAGGAUGCCCCCCCUGCUGGUAGACAGCCCUAAGGCGCGCUGCCCGCUGGAUGCCCUCAACACCACCAGAGCCAAACCCCUGGCAGUGAAGAAAGCCAAGUGGCACCUGGGCAUCAGGAGUCAGAGCAGACCCUAUGACAUCAUGGCUGAGGUCUACAGGGCUAUGAGACAGCUACAGUAUGACUGGAAGGUGGUGAACCCGUACCACCUGCGUGUUCAGAGUAAGAACCCAGUAACAGACAACCUGGUGAAGAUGAGUCUCCAGCUGUACCAGGUGGACAACAGAUCCUACCUGCUGGACUUCAAGAGCAUCGAUGAUGACACCAUAGAGGCAGUAGGGUUUAAGUCGGGUUCUUCCACCCCUCAGAGGUCAGGCUCCACUGCAGGGCUCCAUAGACCCAGACUCAGUGUGGACUCAGCCUUACCUGCCGUGGAUCUCCCCCAGCUCAGCUCCUCCCUGCCUGGGUCGCUGUGCUCCAGCGCUACCCUCCUCACCUCCACCCCGCGCCAGGGCAGCCACACCAUGGACUUCUUUGAGAUGUGUGCCAGUCUCAUCACCACACUGGCCCGCUAGAGAAGGUUAACCCUGCUGGAUAACGCGAAGUCAGGAAAACUCCAGGUCCUACUUACAUAACCUCUAAAACAGAACCCUGCCCUGAGCCUUGUAGUUAGACAGUUUGAUAUCGGUGUGAUCCUGGCCUAAGUUUAGUAGAGCACUGUCCGCUGCAGGGCAGAUGUGCCUCUAACCACAUAUCUAGGGUCAGUUGUGUGUUACCUCUCUAUGUUAUAGGUUUGGGCUGGGCAUGGGAAACUGAUUCUAGAUCUGUGGUUAGGCUUCCUGUCUGUCUAGAGCCAGUCUUGCCAUGGGAACGGUUAGGGGUUAGGGAUCAAACUUGCUGGGGCAGGGUCACGUUAGGUCAAAUCUACUGUAUCCUAUAGACUGUAUAAAGAUGGGCAGCUCCUCCCACAUUACUCUCAACCUCCAAUCAGCUGCUGAAUAGCCAUCACCAUAGAACUAGCCUUAACGGAAUUGCAAACAAUUUUAUGCAUCCAGUUUUCAGGGAUACAGUUAAUUCAACUUAGCUUUCUUUUCCGCUGAAAACUGGAUGUGUGAACUCCGCUAAGACCUUUUCUUUUAUGCCUACUAUGUUAGGUUACCAUAGAUCAAACACAUUUAAUUUUUUAUUUUAAAUGUUUUUUAUAACGACACAGAUUUUGUUAUCCAUAUCAUAUAUUUAUAUUACUAUCAUUUUUAGAUGUUGAUUGAAUGACAU